CAAAGAAAGAGACGAGAACCGCUCUUCGUCUCGCCAUAAUUACCUCCUGUGUGCUGUGCACCUCUGCCACUCUCCGACCCUUAUCCUUGCCCAGCCAGGCCCCACAACCAGCCAUGGCUUCUACUCGCCUAUCUGGACUCAGCAUGUUUCCGAAAGACCCUGCCUGCGCCUCUUCAAACGGCGACCCCAGCCAUUGGUCUUGGUCGGCCUGCAAACAACGAUCCCCAGACUUUUGUCAUCCCAGCCCGCACCCUGCCUCACCUCGCACGCCCACCAGAUGUGGUCCCGUUGGAAGGGAUUAGAAUGGCCCUCUACCUACCCUGAAGCAGGUAGGUAGCUUGUACCUGCGGGUCCCAUACUAACCUCCCUCAUGGCGCCGCCUUUUGUUGCUGGCCCACGAACCUCCAAACCAGCUCGUCCAACGACUCCAUGUCGCGCCUUCUCUGUGUCUGCGGGCGCGCAGCAGGCAUGACCGGAUGAGCUGCUGCCCAAGGGCAUCCAAGCCCUCCCACGCCCAAGGCCCCCAGGCCCCCAGGCUCCCCGUCCGUCCAUUCGCUCCUCCUCCGCGGGCCCGCACCGGCGAGGCAGGACGGCUGUCGUACUGUGGCGGCCCCCCUCCCGGGUACCCCCUUAUCCUCAGCCCCUUGGCCAGGACAGAACAGUGACAUGAAGGGGAGUUCUCUGCCUGUAUGUAACCUUGUACUCUGCAUUGCCUCUGCAGCCCAUGCAACCUCAUGGGCCUCAUUUUCACUUUCGCGCGCACAUCACCUCGCCGAGGAUCCAGCACGAGACUACAUAGAUAUAGCCCGCCGUCGAAACAACCCCAACCCAUCUGCACAAUUUAUAAAACAAGCACACCAUCUUUAUCUUUCCUUGCUUCUCCCGGCCGUCCGUCCCCAUCACCCUCGCGCCACCAGUGCUUUCACAUGGCCCCCGCAGUCCCAACUCACAGUAGCAACCAGCAGGAGCACCUCAAUCUCUGUCAUAUCUGAUAUCGACCACCUGCAGUCUGCACAGCUCUCAACUUUCCCAACGGCGCGUCUGACGCACCCAAACCCUUACUUGGUCACCACCGCCGCCACCGCCUUCGCCACCACCUCCGCCUCCACAACCUGACCGCGCCCAAGGAGGAGACAAGGGAAGACCAGGCCAGGACAGAGCAGUGUUUGUUGCUGUGUUUCCAGACACGCCAAGACUGGCAUGUUCUGUCCCACAAGCUACCUGCUACCGGCCUAGGUUGCAUCCACAGACAACGACUACCCAGUGGUCAAGACGAGGCAGCGGCACCGGAUCCUGGAGCACACUAUCUGCUAGAUAAUAGACAUCACAUCCUCAAGCAGAUUCUGGCGUCCAGAAAGUAACGGUUGUGACGGAGGGCCGCCAUUUGUGUCAGCCAGUGGAGCCCUUUGCUCCCUGUCUUGUUGCUCAGAUACCAUGGCAUUCUCUGGUCGAAUGGAUGGGACGUCCUUCCAGCAGCCCCAGCCUUUCGUCAACGCCCAGUUCGACAUCUUCGAGUGGCAUGGGGCGUUUCAGUCAUGCGUGCGAUACUUCCUGGAUCACGCGCAACACUCUGGCCCUGUCCAGGCUGUUUCGGCCUUUUUGAACAUACAGCUGCCUUACCAAAAGCAACCGAACCCUAUAUAUUCUUCGAGUGGUGCAGUGUCACCUCAAGCGCACCAGUACUCGCACCAGUCGUCCGGGCUGCCGGGUAUGUCUAGACCGGGCCCUUCUUCUGUCACCGCUGCCGGGAAACUGCCCAUGCACUUAGGAUCGGGCCAGUCUCAGCAACAAGCAUACGCCACCCUCACCCCCUACAUCAGACGCUUGGUGGCCACGGGCUUUGACAUUCCUGGCAUCCUCCACGGUUUCUUCGGGGACGACUGGGUCGCUGGGGUGGGACCUCUGCACGAAGCUGAGCGUCGGAACUACCUCUUUGCGGCAAAGAGUGACAACUGGCUCAGGGUCAAGGCCAACUACGACAUGGACGGUGAACAGAUGGUCCCGUUCCUGAAGCCAUUGCAGAACGUCAGCGAGAAGGAAAUCGUGAGCGCCGAGACGAGCUGGAGUGAGUGGCUGGCCAUGCAAGAUUGGAUGUUAGGGCCCCGGGCGCCAGUCGAUGUUGACGAGGCGGAGGCUCGGGGCCAAGAGCCGGGUUUCAGGGUGAAGCGAGAGAGGCGGUAGACCGCCGAAGCCAGUGCGAGGAGGAACAAUUUAUCUCACGCGCCCAGACCGAAUAAUUGGAAGAGCAGCAUCUCGGCUCAGACGGCACUCACGAAAGCUGCGAAACGAGCCCCCACAGGUACUUGGCGACGAGCACUACAAAAUACACUGCACCGGCUGUUGCCCUUGACAGGAAAGUUGUACCUCCAGAAGCAGACGUGGUUGGCUUCCUUUUCUCAAGACUGGCACGGGCGAGAGGGGAGGGGCCUGGAUUGCAUACAACAUCACGAUCACUGCAUUGAGGUGGGGGGGGGGGGCUUAGUAUGACUGUGUGGGUUCGUUGACAGCCGCUGUGGGAUCAAACAGCACCGCGCGGCUCGUCUAGACGACGGACCCGAGAAUGCAUUCGUUUGGAAGGCUUACAAAGAACGAUAGACAUCAUAGUACACCCAUCAAGUUUGCGCCCACCAGGUCUGCCCGAGCACACGAAAUUCGCGCCACGAGACGGUCGAUGCGCAUCCCCGAGCCCCGUUGACUGGGAUGAAUGCAGGCCAGCCUCGUGACUGUGAUACAUAAGCCGCAGGCACCGCGCCUCACCCUCAUCGCGUUUGCUGAUAGACCAAGCCUGGGCAACCCCGGAGCCGCAGGGAGUUUGUCUCCCAGGAUAGCGGAGCCGCGCCACGACUCUUCGCCCGAAAGGCGUCGGGUGGAAUGCCGUCGGGAGCAUGUCAAAGCCCUGCCUUCUUGAUGAGUGGUCUGGAACAGUUUCCUUUGCGGUGGGAGGUCGCAGGAUCUGCGCUGCAGUGAUAGGGUGCAUCUCCAAGGGUGGGAAUCUCUGGCUCCCCGCGGGCAAUUGGGGUGCAGGCAGGCAGGGGGCGCCAGUCAGAGUUUAAGAAGUCGGGAACACAGGCACCAAGGGUUUGGGGGACCCUGACGCAGGCGCAUCAGAAUUGCAAGGCGAGACGUGCAGCAUGCUGUCAAACGAUUGACGGUGUGUAUCCCUCUUCUGGACAGAUUACUUGGGCUUGUGGCUCGUCCCGCAGCGAACCUUGGAAGAGCAAUCACCCGCCCCGGCGGGAUGAGCAGCCAGCCGCGCAACCCUCGCCGCAUGCGGGAUCGCCAUGCUGGUGGCAGGUACCUGAGGUUGUCACUGCCACGAUGGUACAACAACAAAAACAACAACAAGAACAAUAAUCAUACUGAUAAUUGUGCAAAG